AUGAAAGUGUUCAUGCUGAUCGUAGUGCUGGUGGCUCUCUUGGGGCCAUCUAUCGUUUAUGCCUCAUGUGGAACGUGCACGGAUGCGCAUAGUUGCAUCGGAGAAUCGGUCUUCCAGAUAUGCUACGAUGGUGUCCGGGAUCAGACCGUUAACUAUACUUGUCCUGAUGAUAGACCCAUUUGCACGGUGUACGAUAUUAUUUGCCUGGCUAAUGGAACGGAUACUGAACGUGCCUGUGGGGAUGUCUCGAGCUGCGAUGUUUGCUCCGGAACCGCCAACUUUGCCUGUACUUCUCUGACCACAUUUGCUGUUUGCAAUAAUGGAGUAGUCUCCGGAAACGAUCUCUCAUGUGCCAGCGAUUAUGUCUGCAGUGUGGCAGGUGCCGCCAGUGGAAGUCCAUGUAUUUCCCGAUGCGAUUCAACUGAAUCAGAUAUCUGCGAUCGGGUUUUGGAAACCGAUGAUGUAGUAAGCACCACUGCUACAACCGGAACAACUGCAAGCUCUUCUCCUACUACUGCUGGUGAUAAUUCCACUGGGUCUUCUUCCUCGGAAACCUCGUCGGAUACCACUACGGAGAGCACAGUUACUACCGAAAGCACUGGAACCACUCCAGUCUUCAACGAAAUCGUCUAUUGCCAAGGAAUCAGCUCAACGGGACGCUAUCCCAUAACCAAUGAUACAGUUUGUACCAGCUAUAUCUACUGUGUUCUGAGGAGUGGCAGCUGGACGGGAUUGCUCUAUAACUGCACUGCGCAGAAGCCUUAUUUCGAUGCUGAUAUCUACAACUGUGGAACUGUAAAGCCAGCCUAUGCGGGAUGCACCAAUUUAAUCUAAUUCAAUAUUAUAUACUAGUUUUAUACAAAAACCACGUUUUAAUUUAAUAAAAGAAAUGAAAAAUCGAACAAUAUUUUAA